AUGGAGAUGUGUUUCAGUCCAGGCCCGGCGAUUCCUGCCGGGACGGUCAUCCCUGUGGUUGCAAAUCCUCGUCUGGCGGAACUACGAGACCCUUCGGAGGAUUGGACUGGAGUUACGAGUACGGCGGAGAGACGGAAAUUGCAAAACCGGCUGAACCAAAGAGCGCGAAGGCGACGAGCACAGAAGAAACUCGGCAAACAUUCUCCAUCAGACAGAAGUCCAUCCUCCGAAGUGGACUCCGACCCAUCAACAGCCCUGGUGAAAAAGGAGUUGCGUUCGCCGACGAACGAAAACACCCAGACGGCCCUGGCAGCCAUCGUCGCAGGGAAGAUCGGAAAUGUUCCCCAAGACAUUUGCCUCCUGGGAAAGAAAGGCAUGCCAGCCAUGCUAGAAAAGUUCGCCGAGAAUGCCUACGACGACUACAUGCGUGGCCGGCCCUGUACAGACUACCUAACAACCCUCGUCCGCGUCAACGUCUUCCACGCCUUUGUCCGCAACGCCCACGCCCUCAACUUCGACGCAGGGUGGCUGACCUACGACUCCAUCUCCCCCUUCAACAAGUCCGGGCCCGGCUUGGGUCUCGCCACGACGACCACAACGUGUCCGUCCAACAUGCUGCCCACAGCGCUACAACUAUCCGUCGAACAUCACCCGUGGAUCGACUUCUUCCCCCAACCCCGCAUGCGAGACAACUUUCUCCGUGUCGUGGCCGAGCACGGUGAGGACUACGUCGACGAGGACGAAAUGUGCCGGGACGUGGUCGAUGUGGGCGCGGGUGCGGGAGUUGAGGACGCGGCGCUUAUCGUUUGGGGGGAGCCGUGGGAUCCGCGGGGCUGGGAGGCCACGGAACCGUUUCUCCGGAAAUGGGGCUGGCUGCUGGACGGCUGCACUGAAAUGCUCGAAGGGACAAACUACUGGAGGGAGAAAAGGGGCCUACGGAAACUCAAAUUCAACUGA